GAACCCCUUCCUUGUCAACAGAGGAAGUUCCUGGAUGGCUUUUGGCUAGGGGAGCAGCUGGUGUGCUGGCAAGCAGGCAUUACAUCUUCCCAGUCAUCUCACUUUACCUUAUGGGUGAGGUCACCAAUCAGUCCUUCCACAUCACCAUCCUCCCACAGCAAUACCUGGCCGGUUGAAGAAGUGGCCACAUCCCAAGACGACUGUUACAAGUUCGCCAUCUCGCAGUCCUCCACGGGCACUGUUAUGGGAGCUGUGGUCAUGGAGGGCUUCUACGUCGUCUUCGAUCGGGCCCGAAAGCGAAUUGGCUUUGCCGUCAGCGCUUGCCAUGUGCACGAUGAGUUCAGGACAGCGGCAGUGGAAGGCCCUUUUGUCACCACGGACAUGGAAGACUGUGGCUACAACAUUCCACAGACAGAUGAGUCGACCCUCAUGACCAUAGCCUAUGUCAUGGCUGCCAUCUGCGCCCUCUUCAUGCUGCCACUCUGCCUCAUGGUGUGUCAGUGGCGCUGCCUCCGCUGCCUCCGCCACCAGCACGAUGACUUUGCGGAUGACAUCUCCCUGCUGAAGUAACGAGGCCCAUGGACAGAAGACAAAUUCCCCUGGACCACAUCUGGGUGGUUUACUUUGGUCACACAAAUUGGAGAAACAGAUGGUUCCUGUGGCCAGAGCACCUCAGGACCCUCACCCACCGGCCAAAUGCUUCUGCCUUGACAGAAAAGGAAAAGCCGUCAAGGUGGGUUACAGGGCUUGUAGGAAACAGGAGAGGGGAGAAAGCAGCACUGUGGUGGUGGGAACAAUCCUGGUAACCUCAAACUUGAAAUGGGAAAUCCCACUGCUUGAGACGUCAGCCCUGAACCUGUGCCCACCCUCUCUUUAGAUUCUCCAACCCAAAGUAUUCUUUCUUUCCUUCCAGAAGUCCUGGCAUCACCCCCAGGGCACCCAGCAUGUGUUUCUGUGGUGCCUUGGCAGAGAAAGGGCCAAUCUCAUUUUCCUGCUGGCCGAAGUCAGCAGCAGAUGCGCAGUUCGCCUUUGCUUUAGCGAUAGGGAGUGCAGAAAGAGACCUACACUGGUGCAAAGACUGCUUCUUGACUAAUAGAAAUGGAUGUGGUGAAUAUUUGCACUCCUGGGGUACUCGAGAUGAGCAAAGAGUACAGAUGGGGAGCAGUUGCUGUCAAAGCUAGGAAAGGCAGGAGUGUGUAACCCUUCACCAGCCCCAGGUUCAGACCUCAUCUCCAAGACAGAAUCCCAUCUUGAUUAAAACAGCUGUCACUUCCUAAUGAGCCUAUGGGCUAUGGAGCUGGCUCAGUGGUUAAAGGUGCUUGUUUUCAAUGUGUCUGUGGUCAUAGCCUGAUGAGAAGUGAGGUGGGAAGAAGGGCUUAUUAGCCAAAGAGCUCUUUUCAAAGCUCUCUUAAAGGAAAAGUGCCCAUGGAGAAGUUCCAAUCCCUUCCUUAUUAAUUCCACUUGUCUCUACCUGUUUCUUUUGUGUGUGAUAGGUGGCCCUGGGUAUCCUGUAGGAGAGCAGUUAGAAUGUAGCUGGGAUGGGCAAUGUCUUCCCAGGCACAGGUUCACUCCUUACACUUAAGCCCUACUGCUCUGGAGCUUUGCAGCCAAGGUGCUAAAAGAACAGACAGCAGAGCUCUCCUGUGUGACCCUUGGGGGCAGAAUGCUGAAGACCCAUUCGACAGGUCGAUGCCUUUACCACUGCCUGGAUUUCUCUGUGCUCAGUGGUGUGGUCUUUAUGAAGUGCUGAGUGGUUUCACUGCUUUCUCACCUCUCCAGCAGCCCCUUCGUUUAUUUGGCUAAGGUGUCUCACUCUGGUUAGUAUUAAACCAUGAAUGUAAGAAACGGGGGGCUUUCUGGCUAUAAGGUAUUGCCUUCACUAUCAGGGCUGCCUGGAGAAAGGAUGGCAGCCUUGGGGCUUCUUAUUUCCUUCACCUUUCCUGCUGCGGCCUCCUCUUCUGCUCUCUGCCGCCACUCCCAGCAGUACCAUGGGUGCCAAGGCUGGCUCUUUGGUGAGGAAGUGGGGGCCUCCCUGUCAGCUCUAACAUACUAGACUGAAACUAGUGUUAUGGGAAGAGCUGUUUUCCUGGGAUAGCCCCCGCACCCUGCCCCGUUUGCUCCACACACUGCUUCAAGGGAAUGAACCUACUAAGUGUGUUGUUACCUGAUGAGGGACAGGGAAUGACAAGGAGGGCCUCGGGAGUUGCUGGCCUCAGCCAGUUGCCCACAAGCCAUAAACCAAUAAAAUAAGAAUAUGGA